CUCCUGUCCGCAUGACCUCAUCCACCCCUUUCCCCAUCCGCGUCUCGACUCCUCCCCUCUCUCGACGACGCCAUCGCGGGAGCUCGAAACCCUAGCUCCCCAAUCCGAGCCCCAGAGCCGCCGAUUCAUCCGGAUCCCCGCCGAGAUUCGACCCCCAUAGCCUCCAGGCUGGGGCUCCACCUCUCCCCGACUAGAUAAGCAUCGGCGGCGGCGGCCGCGCUCGAGGAGGCGCCUCGUCUCGGCGGGUUCUCGGUUUCGAAGACCUUCCCCGGUCGGUUUCGUGGUGUCCCACUCCGGGAUCCGCCGCGAUCUGGGAGGGGAAGGCGAUGGAGACGGCGAUCCAGCCGUGGUAGCACCCAAUUUGGAGGGUUUCCGGCUGGUAGAGGCGGAAAAGUUUGAGCCUUUGGCGGGCUCGGCUCGACGCGGCGUGUGAUCGGAUUGCACCGUGCGGUGGGUAGCUUGGCUUCUUCUGCGACGGUGUAGGAGAGGGGACCUGUGGCCGACGAGGCCGAGGAGAUAAAAACUACUUGCUUGUACACUUGUACAUGUGUUCAUUUGUUUCCUCGAUUUGUCCUGGUUUAAAGCAUCAAUUUUUCCUCUCAAUUUAAGGUCGAAGACAGUUUUUUCUUGUUUCUUGCUUGUUUCUAUCGAAUAUUCCGCUUUAUUACAGAAGAAGACGGGGGGGGGGGGGGCAACAAAAAAGGAAAAUAAAAUAAAAAGAUAAAAUCAGAAGAAAAGAAAGAGAAAAAAUUGAGUGGGCAGGGAAAUGGCUGUGUAUUACAAGUUCAAGAGUGCCAGAGACUAUGACUCGAUUCCGAUGGAGGGGCAAUUCAUCUCGGUUGCCAACCUGAAGGAGCGGAUUUUUGAGUCCAAGCAUCUUGGCAGAGGCACAGAUUUCGACCUCAUGAUCUCAAAUGCUCAGACUGAUGAAGAGUAUGCUGAUGACGCUACUAUGAUACCAAAGAACACAUCAGUAUUGAUUCGGCGGAUACCAGGACGACCAAGGAAACCUAUUGUCACAGAACCGGAAGAGACAAAAGCCGCAGAAGAUAGGGUAGAAGAAGUCAUGCCUGCUGCUAGUGCUUUUCUUGGCGAUUCAUCUAUGAAAUAUCCUGAAGAAUCUGAGUGGGAUGAUGAGUUUGGCAACGAAUUAUAUGUCUCUGAUUCGGUUCCUUCUCAGCCUGGUUACCAGGCGGUUGAUGCUUUUGAAAAUAAAGUUGAUGAAGAUAGUAAAAUAAAAGCACUUAUUGAUACAUCUGCCCUUGACUAUAGCCAAAUCCCUGAUUGUUAUGGUGCUGGAAGAGGCUAUGGCAGGGGGAUGGGUGGAAGAAUGCUGGCUGGUCGUGGUUUUGGACGUGGGCUGGAACGCAGGACACUUCCUCCAGGUUAUGUUUGCCAUAGAUGUAAAGUACCUGGUCAUUUCAUUCAACAUUGCCCAACGAAUGGUGAUGCUAGAUUUGAUGUGAAAAGGAUGAAACCCCCAACUGGCAUUCCAAAAUCUAUGUUGAUGCAAACUCCGGAUGGUUCAUAUGCACUGCCAAGUGGGGCUGGUGCUGUUUUGAAGCCAAAUGAAGCUGCUUUUGAGAAGGAGAUAGAGGGCCUACCAACCACCCGCUCUGUAGGUGAUCUUCCACCAGAGCUACGCUGCCCAUUGUGCAAAGAAGUAAUGAAGGAUGCUGUUCUAACUAGUAAAUGCUGCUUUAGAAGUUUCUGUGAUAAAUGCAUCAGGGACUACAUAAUUAACAAGUCUAUGUGUGUUUGUGGUGCCACAAGCAUAUUAGCAGACGAUCUUCUCCCCAAUAAAACUUUGAGAGAAACCAUCAGCCGCAUAUUAGAGGCACCACCAACUAGCAGCACAGAAAAUGUGGGGAGCAUGGCGCAAGUGCAGGACAUGGAGUCAGCUCUACCUGUACAACCCAAGGUUAGAUCUCCUGCUGUUUCUGCUGCUUCAAAGGAAGAGACUAAAGCACCCACACCUGUAGAAGAGUCUCCAGAUGCUGAGAGCCUCAGUGGAGUGAAAGCUACUAAUGUUGAUGUGAGUUCUUUAGAUAAGAAGGCCGCCACAAUUCCAUAUGUCGCUGAAGGGACUACUGAGUCUAAGAAUGCGAAAGAAGAUAAACCAGUAGAAGUGACUCAUAUUGCAAAAGAUUCUCAAGAAAAGUUGCCUGCAGGGGAACAAGCAGUAAAGAAGAAGAAAAAGAAGAAGGCACGUGCUCCAGGAAAUGCUGAGGAGCAAUGGAAAAAUUAUCAAGAUUUUGGAGUUGAAAAUUUUGCUGGAAUGCCUUUGGGUCCAACUGGAGGUUUCAACCCUUACUGGGGUGGAGGGGUGCCAUUGCCAAUGGAUUACAUGGGUGCACCGUUUCCUGGUCCCAUGCCUUACAUGAGUUAUCCACCAGGUCCAUUUGACCCUUUUGGUGGUGGAGUUCUCCCACAAGAUCCAUUUAUGCCCCCGGGAUAUAUGAUGCCAGGAGUUUGUAGGGAUCUUUCUGAAUUAGCAGUUAACCCUAUGGGAAUAAAUAUGGGUCCACCAGUUAUGGGCAGGGAAGAAUUUGAUCCCAGGAAACCUGAUCAUAGGAGGAGACGUGAAAUGGAUCGAUACAACGAAAGGGAGAGGGAAUGCGAUCUUUCCUGGGAGAGGGACAGGGAGAGGGAGCGUGACCGUUCCCGGGAGAGGGGCCGGGACCGAGACCACGAGCGAGAGCGAGAGAGGGACGGGGACUCUCGAAGGGAAGCAAGAGAAUCAUCAGGGGCCAUUAACGAUAGUACAUCGAUGAGGCCGAAGGCUAGGUCGCGGUCCCAGCCGGACAGGUCGGAGCGCGCGCCGCCGUCGUCCAGCCCAGACCGGCACUCGCGCCGCUCCUCCAGCUCCGGCAAGAAGCGCUCCUCCUCCGACCGCUACGACGAACUUCCUCUCCCGCCUCCCCCGCCCCCGCCCCCAUCGCGGCACGAUCCCAAGCCCGCGAAGGCGCCGGCGGCCGACCCACGGGUGUCCAAGUCCAAGGCGAGCGUCUUCUCCCGCAUCAGCUUCCCCGGCGACGCCAACCCCACCGACGCCAAGCGCAGCCGCAGGGCCUCCUCCGACAAGCCCCCUGCGCACUCGUCCUCUUCUUCCAAGAAAAGCGCCGCAGCCGCAGCCGAGGACGGCGACGGUCGCCACCACCACCAGAACCACCGGGAGGCGGCGGCGGAGGAGGAGAAGCUGAGGCCCGCCGUGGCGAGCGAGUUCUACGGCGAGGAGGAGGAGGGGAGUGAGGAAGAGGAGCAGCACUUCAAGCGGCGCCCGUCGUCCUCCAGGCGCGAGCGGGAGAAGGAGGCGCAGGAGGAGCCGCGGCACUCCCGGCGGUCCAGGGACCACAAGCGCCGGUGAGGCAGGGAAGCUACCUGCCUGCUGCAGUGCUACUGCUCCUGCAGCGGUGACCGUCGCCUGUGAUAAAGCUAGAAGCUUUUGCCUCCGGCGGCUGGCCGAGUAGCAGCAGAGCGCGACGCUCUGCUUCUCCUUCGUGUACGAGAUGGGUUUUUACAUUAACAUACUGAUUUGCGACAAUCGGAUCGGAUCGGAUCGGAUCGGGUGGUGAUUAUAAUAAGUUUGAUUUGUCAGAUCA